UCCGGUCCUGCGGCUCACAGGACUCCCUAAAUUUUUUUAUUCCCACACUGUAUAUUUUCCACUGAAGAGCCACUUGAUUGAACUGAGUGUCUAAUUAAAACAAAACGCUGACGACAGUUUAUCAUAAUUCAACAUUUCAGUCAUUCCCAGCUGUUUUCAGUCGGAUCCAGUUUUUAUUUCCACAUUAUUUUUUGGUCACUUUUUCUUCUAUUCCGGUUGGAUUUACAAAGGGCGUGUUAGGGGCGAUCUGUACCGGGAGUUUCAUCUCCUGUACUUGUGCGACUCUGAGGAAUGACAGAAACUGGGAAUCGAUCCGCCUGAAUGGAAACAAUGGAAUAUACAGAGCUUGGACAUACUUUCGAGGAGAAGCUGACACUAACAGACAAAUCUCUUCCUCUGCAGACAGAGUCUCAGUCCAUCCAGAAUGGGGACAAGUCUUUGGGGAAGGACAUCUUGACUUCAUACGACUCAGCCAUCACAGACCUCUCUCCUAAAACAGACUCCAGCCCCAUAACAGAGACCCUCACCAAGACAGAUGUCUCCUCCAAGACAGAUGUGAGGCCAUCCACCCCGGGCAGCAGCAGCAGCCCUCAGCCCAAGAAAGAUUCGAUGAGCUCAGAGCAACGACAGAAACUUGCCAAGGAGCGGAGGGAGGAAAGAGCCAAAUAUAUCGAACAGCAAACUCAGCUGCAAGCGGCGAAGAAGGCCCAGUGGCUGGAGAAGGAGGAGAAGGCCCGGCGUCUGAGGGAGAGCCAGCUGGAGGAUCGCAGGAGGAAGCUGGAGGAACAGAGGCUGAAGACUGAGAAACGCAGAGCUCUGCUGGAGGAAAAACAGAGACAGAAACUAGAAAAGAACAAGGUGAGAAAAUACAUGAACUCAGUAGAUCAGAAGAGACGGAAGUGUGUGCCUGCUCUCCAAAAUAUUUAGUGUUAAUUGAAGUCAGGGUGGAAAAGUCAACACUUUACCAGUGUUUAUGCAAGCUUAAUGCUUAGCAGAUGCUCGGCCUCCACGGUCAACUUGCCGAGACAGGUGGACCCUGUCAUUAACAACAGGCUGUCCAAGUCCUCUGCCACGCUCUGGAACUCCCCCAACAGAACCCGCAGCCUGCGUCUGAGCCCGUGGGAGAGCCGGAUCGUGGAGCGGCUCAUGACGCCGACUCUGUCCUUCUUGGCCCGCAGUCGCAGCGCCGCCACCCUCCUCAACAACAGCGACUCUCACUCUCAUCACUGCUCCCGUUCAGCCUCCGCCAGCCCGCUGAACGCCUGUUCCCAUCACCACCCGCACCAGAACACCGCCGAGCGCUGGAGGGUCUCCUCCGCCAGCACGCCAGACAUCACCCAGCGCCAACGCCGUCGAAACUCCACACCGGUGGACAAAAAGAAGAAAGAGAAGAAAGACAAGGAGAGGGAGAAUGAAAAAGAGAAGAACGCUCUCACAAAAGUGCAGAAGAAGAGACAGACAACAUCACCUGCCACAACAACCCAGAGAUCCAGGCCAGAGACCAGCACCCCGAAGCCCAGAAACAGACCUCCGUCACCCGCCGCUCCCAAAAGUCGGCCCCUGUCCCCUCUAGUGCCGGCGGCCUCUAAGACCCCCUUGGGCAAGAAGACACCUCCUCCUGGCACCAAGCCCCGGCCCAAACGAGCACAGACGCCCGUCAGGGUGCAGGCCCAGACGGUCACUGCAGUCGCUGUGGAAACAGGCCACGAACCCCAGCAGCCCAACGCUCCAGAGGAGAAAAAGGACUCCAGCAAUGUUCCUGCCAUCGUGGUGUCCUCUGCACUGCUUACACCUCCUUCCCUUAGCCCAGCAGUUGUAUCAGCAGCCUCUCCAGCUGCUCCAAACGUAGUGCCGGCUGCCUCAGCUGCUUCUCCUGCUGCACCCUCCACCAAUAAUCCUGCUCCUUCUGCUGCACCCGCUGCCACUGCCGCCGCUGCCUCCACCACCCCGGCUGCACCAGCCAGCCGGCCGUCAGCAGGCACCAACAACCCAGAGGAGGCUGCUCGUGUCCUGGCAGAGAAACGCAGACAAGCCCGGGAGCAGCGGGAGAGAGAGGAGCAGGAGCGUCUGGAGCAGGAGCACAGGAACAGGAUCCUCCGGGAGGAGGCGAUGGUCCGGGAUGCAGAGGAGAGGAGGCGUAGAGAGGAGGAGGCUCGAUUCAUGGCUGAGCAGCAGCGUCUGAGGGACGAAGCCCAGCGAGCUCAAGAGGAGAAGGAGGCACAGGAGGAGAACGAGAAGCUGCAGAGACAGAAGGAGGAGGCUGAUGCCAAGGCGCGCGAGGAGGCCGAGCGUCAGCGCCUCGAGAGGGAGAAACACUUCCAGAAAGAAGAGCAGGAGCGGCUGGAGAGGAAAAAGCGCCUCGAGGAGAUCAUGAAGAGGACUCGGAAAAGUGACGCAGGAGAGAAGAAGGAUGUUAAAGCUUCUCCACAGGUCAACGGCAAGCACACAGAGCUCAGUAAGGCAGCUGGAAACCUGCAGAGUCCCGAUGCAGCAGUCGUCAGCCCAUCAACUGUGUCCGGUCCUGUUGUAAACGGCGUCCAGCCCGCCACUCACCAGAACGGCGUCUCAGCCAACGGAGAGGCGGCUGACUUUGAGGAGAUCAUCCAGUUGAACAAGAGCGGUAACCCGACGCAGACUCAGAGCGGCCUGGUCAGCGAGCCGAUCCUGGCAGAGCCCUUCCUGAUGAAAACAGGCCCUAUGAAGCCUCAGCAUGUCGCAGAGGUCCUGUAAGUCCUCACACAUCUCCAUGGAGACGCGCCUUAUGUCUCUGCUUGAGCUAUGAGAUUCAUGCCACACCACAGCGGCUUCUAAAAAAUCGUGUGCCAAACAAACUAUGAACUGCGCUGAAUUCACAUUUCACAGUAUCUGCCACAAGAGGACAAAGAGGAGCUUCUCAUCUGAAAUAUAAAAACAUGCAACAUCAAGUAUUCUCUGUCUCCACCGCGUGUUCUGGUGCAGCAUCUGUCUGAUUUUAUUGAAAUGUCACAUGCAGAUUUUACGGUGCACCUUAAAGAUGACUGACUGUGUAACGAAUUUUAGAAAAUAAAAUUUUAGAAAAUACACUAUAAGACCCUGGAAAUACAUAAUAUUUGACAAUGGUUGUUAUUAUUACCGUUGUUACGAUAUUGUUAUUGUUAUCUUAAGUUGAACAGUGUGUGUGUGUGUGUGUGUGUGUGUGUGUUUGUGUGUAUGUGUGUUUGUUUGUUGUUUUUGUCUUGAAUUACUGAGUUAUUUAACAUGGGGAGCAUUGUAAGGACCGGCCACAGACAGUGUAUGUAAAUGUAUAAUGAGCCCGGCUGCCUAGGCCUCCUGUUACAGGGGAUCUGUGAAAUAAAGCUUUAUGAAAGGGA